GCGAAGAGAGAGUAGUCUACCCAAUAAUGAUCAUAACACUACAUGACCGUGAAAUCCACGAUUCUUGACUAGUAGUGAGUUCGCCGCGAUGAUGUUUCCCUUCCACUAAGCUGUUUCCUCAGAAACCUGUAUAAAUGCAAACACAGUGGGCAAACAUUAAUGAUGGCAAACGGCCUACUGUGUUUGCAUAGCUUACCGAAUGGAACAAAAUAGAGCUCUUUGCCAGAGAUUAUGAAUAACGUUUCUAACACUGUGAUGAUGCAUGAAAAUUUAAACGUUUCUGGUACAGAAUUGACUAGAAAUAUUAGCCUUAACUGGCCUGCGGAGUCGCAGGACGUGUGUGUUUGGGAUGUGUGGUGUUUGUCUACAGCAGCUUACUGACACAUUCAGGACGAUGUGGCUGAUGACGAUUACUGUGGGGUUAGUGACCCUGGUUUUGGUCACGUGGUUGAGGGACUAUGUAAAACGAUGGCGGAUGCCCCCCGGACCAUUUUUCUGGCCAAUCAUCGGGAACAUUUACUUUUUUAGUGGUAGGAUGUACACCACCUGCACCGACCUCGCUAAGAAGUACGGAGACGUUUUCAGCCUGAAGAUGGGCAUGACGGACGUGGUUGUAUUGAACAGUCUGGAUACUGUAAAGGAGGCUUUUGUGAAGAAGGGAGUGGACUUUGCAGGCAGGCCGAUGAUAUUGUCAAUGGACAUAUUUUCUGAAGGUGGAAAAGACAUUGCCUUCACAGACUACAGCCCUACGUGGAAACUGCACCGGAAACUGUUCCAUGGUGCCAUCAGGGGUUACGCAUUGGGAGAGAACCUACAAACCAAAGUCCACGAGUCUUUGGAAGACACCAUCGCUGAGUUCACCAAGAUGGAGGGUCAAGCAGUGGACCUUGAAGUCUACAUCUAUAAGCUGGUCUACAACGUCAUCUGUUCAGCUGCUUUCGGCGUAAGGCAACCUCCGUGACAUCACAGAUCACAUGAUCAAGGCUCAGAAGGAUGCUGAGGAGGAGGGAAUCCAGGACAUCAACUCUCUCACAGACACUCAUCUCAGGCAGACCAUCUCCGACAUCUUUGGGGGGGGUACAGACACAACUAUCUUUACCCUACGCUGGGCCAUCCUGUACCUUGCUGUCCACCCGGAGAUACAGGAGAAGGUGGCUGCUGAGUUAGACAGUGUGGUGGGCCGUGACAGGCUGCCGGAGCUGUCCGACCGUGAGGCCAUGCCGUACACGGAGGCGACCAUACUUGAGGUCAUGAGGAUGGGAUCCAUUGCUCCCUUAUCCUUGCCACAUGCUACGACUGUCGACACAACACUGAGUAAGUUGUAACCUGUUUUCGUAUGA